GAGCAAAAGUGGAUAGUAGCAUGCGUCUUCAUGCCUCCCCUCUACUCCCUCACUGCGUAUGUUUCUCUCCAUGAACCCCACUGGCGCUUGCUCUUACUCCUGGUCCGGGAGUGCUAUGAGUCAGCUGCGAUUUAUUCCUUCGCCAUGUUCCUAAUCUCUUGCCUGGGUGGUCAAGAGCGAACCAUAUGGAAGCUGUCAAGAAGCACCUACCAGCCACGCCAGAAACCCCUUCCAUACCGCACAGCACCACCUUCUCACUCCGCCUCUGAGUCGACGUGGCCAAGAGGAGGGGCAGCUGGCAGAGCAGCGAGGCAGCAACCACCGCAGUACACAGACAGCGAGUCUUGCGCACGCGAGGAUGAGGGCUAUUGGUCUUCCACUGACGCAGAUCUUGAGUCGGGGCAGGGCGAGGGCGUGGGUGCGGGGUGCUGGGAGUCUGUGCGGCAGGAGGGCAUUCUGGGAGAGCUGGGGUCGUCAGGAUAUGGCUGGAGAAGUGGUUCUGCUGCAGGUGGUGAUGGAGAAAGGGCAGGAGAAGCAGGAGGGCGAGCAGGAGGGCGGGGAGGAGGAGCAGCAGCAGCAGCAGCAGCAGCAGCAGCAGCACCUGCAUCCGCUGCUGUGGCACCACAUCCAGCACCAGGAGUGGGAGUGGCAGCAGCGGCAGCAGUGUCAUCUGGAGCAGCAGUGUACGUGCACCCUGUGCCGCUGCGAUGGUUGCUGCCGGAAUGGGUGCACGGGCAGCAGCUGUUUCAGGAGUGCAAGUUCGGCAUAGUGCUGUAUAUGGUGAUCAAGCCAGCAUGCGCCCUGCUGCAGGUCGUGUUUGGCCUGUUUGGACUCUACAAGGAGGGGGACUUCAGCCCAUACUCGCUCUACCCAUACGCAACGCUGCUAAUAAACCUGAGUCAGAUGUACGCACUCUACUGCAUAGUGGUGUUCUACCACGCCAUAGGCCACUACCUCGCGCACAUCCGCCCCUUGGGCAAGUUCCUAGCCAUCAAGGGCGUCAUCUUCGUCACCUACUGGCAGUCUGUCAUCAUUGCUGCGGCGGUGUUGUUCCUAGGGUUGGGCUCUGGGGGUGCGAGCCCGCUGCAUGGCUUGGAGUGGCAGGAUGCGGUGCAGGACUGGCUUAUCUGCGUGGAGAUGGCAGCAGCAGCCCUGGCCAACCACUGGACCUUCCCAGUCUCGCCCUACCAACGCUCCCGCCUCGCCCCCGCGCGCAUGCAGCGCCUGCCAGCUGGCGUCGUGGCAGUGCUCGCUGACAUGGCGGACCCGUCCGCCCCGCUGGACCCUGAAGAGAUCCUGGCGAGCGAGGUGAUUGGCCGAAGCCUGUUCACGGGCAGCACGGCUGCUGCUGCGGGAAUGGGAGGGGAAGGAGGGGGCUUAGGAAGAGGGAGAAUAGGAGAUGGGAGGGACAGAAGAGGGGGUGGAAUGGGGGCUGGAGGGGAUGCUGGUGGGAGAGGAGGCAGUGGAGUAGAAGGGGAAUGGAAUGCAGGAGGCAGUGGGGGUUUGGCCGGUGCACUAGCUGCAGCGUCACGCGUUGUUGGAGCGCCGUUUCGGAGAGACAGGCGAGAGGAUGCGUGGGAAUACGCGUCUGACUACUUGGGAAGGAGGGACAUGGAGGUUUCUGAGAAGAUUCAUGAUGUCUUUGUCGGCGGUGGCACUGAUGCCUUUCAGGACAUGCAGGCAGCAGUGCAGCGAGGCAUGCAGCCAAUAUCCGCUGCAGUGGAGCCGCUCACAGCAGCCGUACAGCCCUUCUCUGCUGCUGUCACCAGCGCCCACCAGCAGGUCGCCUCCACGUGGCACCAGCUGCAGGCGUCCCUCCCUGCCCUCCCUGCUGCCUUCCUCCCUGCUGUUGCCAACUCUAGAGGGAAUGUGAGGGAUGGAGGUGCGGGGGAGAGGAGUGGGCGUGUGCAGGGGAGAGGGGUUGGAGGGGGUGGGUGUGGGGCGGAUGGCAAGAGUGACCUCAUGGGCGCGGCUCUCAAUGGAAGUCACCUGUGCAACAUAAGUCGCCUCACUGCACUCACAACCCUCUCCAUAGGUUUGCCUCCGAUGGAUGCCUCGAUGAUUGAAGCAGAUUACUCCGUACCAACAGAGCCCGCUGAGAUGCCUGCUGUUGAGUCGACGCCUCAGCCCAGUCCUGAUCCAUAUGUUGAGGAUUACCCAACAGACAUGCCCAUGAAUCACUCAUCCAUGGGUCCCCCUGUGAUGCAAGGCUCCAUGGACGACCUCUCGUGUCUCGUCCCGCUCACCCGCCUCCAGACGCUCACCCUCGCAAAUCUCAACCUGACUGCUGGAGAGCUCCCUUCCUCUCUCUCUGCACUUACUUCACUCACGCAUCUUGACCUAAGUUUCCUUCGCAUCACCCGCUUACCGCAAUGGAUCAGCUCACUCUCCAAACUCGCCUAUUUGGACGUCACCGGCAACUUGGACGUCCACCGCACCGCACCGUUCCCCACCGAAUGGAUGGCGUUCACAGGACUGGUCUCUUUGCAGGCCGGUCUGAAUGGCUUCACUGGCUCUAUCCCCUCCACCAUCUCCGCCCUUACCAAUCUCACUGACCUCGAUGUGAGGGACAACCAGCUCAAUGCCUCCCUCCCUGACUCCAUCUCCCGCCUUGCAUCGCUGCAGCACCUGUGA